AUGGAUUUAAAACCUACAUCAUUAAAUGAUAAUGAUAAGGAAGAAAAUAAUCAUAAAAAUGUUGAAAAAUAUAAUACAUCAAAAAGAGAAAGUGAAACAUUAAUAAAUACUUCAAAUAAUGAUGAAAUUUCUUUAAAAGAAAGUUUUAAUAUAAGGCGUCGACAGAAAAUUAUUAAGAAUAAAAAAGAAUUAAUACAAAGUAACAAUACAUUUUGGCAUAAUAAUACUAAAAGUACCAAAAGAAAUAUGGUAAAUGAUAAUGUUAAGGACAAUAAAAGUAUAGAAUAUAAAUGCUAUUCUGAUAGUGAAUUAUUUCAAAUAUUAAAAGAUAUUUCGAUACUUAAUGAUGGUAAGAUAUGUAUGAAAACAUUAUACCAUACAAUACGUCAAACAAUGCUUAAUCCUAAAAAUAGAACUAUUGUGAUGAAUGAAUAUCGUUUAAGUUUAGAUAUUAUAGCUAGUAAAUUUAUUUUAUAUGAGGUAAAAGAACCUGUCGAGUAUGGUUUUAUUAUCAAAAUUGCGUUACUUGAAGAUAUUAAAACAUAUGAUUUAGUAAAAGAGAUACAAAUAUUGAAAACAGCUUUUGUAAUAAUAAUGACAAGAAUGAGAAUGUCGUAUAGUGGUUCACUUUUAAAAACAACUCUUAAUUAUAUUAAAAUUGUAAUAUUUGACAAAUUAUUACCUAUUGAAAAUAAAACGAAAGAGAUAAAUGAUAUAAUAUUUGAUGCUUUUAAGGUUUUAAAAGACCUUGGAAAUUAUAUUCUUGAAACUAAUAAAGUAUUAUACGGAAAUUCACGUUAUAAUUUUGAAAAAAAUUUAUUGCAAUUAGCAGAAUGGCAAAAACCAUCAUACAAAAAAAUAAGAAUUUUACGUGAAGAUAAAACUUUGCAAAAAUAUAAAUAUUUAUAUCAUGGUAUAGAAGAUUAUACUGAAGUACCCAUUGUUGAUUAUAUAGAUUAUUAUGACAUGGAUGAUUAUAAUAAAUAUAUUGCUUCAAUAUUAUAUAUUGAUGAAUGCUUACAAAAUGAUCGCAAAAUGGAAAGCAGGUAUAAAGAAUUAAAUUUUCAUAGAUGUGAUAAUAAAAUUCAAGAAUCAUAUCUUGCAAUAAUUAUAAUGAUUAAUGGAUAUAAAAAUUAUUUUAAUUAUAUGAAUGAAGUUUUAGGAUUACAAUUUUUAUAUGAAAUAUUAAAAUGUACUUCAUCAACACUUAAAAAUAUUCAUUUUAUAAUUAUUGAUUUAUUAAAAUAUUGGUUAAAUAAUGUGGAUAUGCAUGAAAAAUUUAAUUUAAAUGAAAUAGUUAGUAUAAUAUUAUGUCCAAUAAUGGAAUUUGCUAAUAUUUCAAAUAUACGUAUUAGAAAUAGAAAUUCAGAACAUCUUAUAAUGGCCAUAAAUCAUAGUUCUUUUAUUAUAAAUGAAUUAUUAGAUUCAUGGUCAAUUGUAUAUUAUUUAUUUGAUAAAAAUAGACAAAAUAAUAAUAGUAUAAUUACAACAGGUAAAAGAAUUGAUGAAAUUGUUGAUAUGUUUAUUGAUGUACAUAUACAUUUUCAUGAAGGAAUACCAUUUAUAACAAAUAUGGUACAAAAAAUAUUAGGUAUGGAUGAUCGUAAAUUAGAUUUUUCUACAUGGGAUGAAGCAUAUAAUUUUUUUAUAUCAUAUUUAAAACCUGAUAAAUUUGAUGCAUCAUUAGGAAAUUUAUUUAUUAUAACAGAAGGUAUUAAUUUAAAAUUAUUUAUGGAUAUAAAAAAUGGAAAAUAUAAUGAGAUUGGUAUAACAAAAAUAUUUUUUUAUUAUCGUUUUAGUACAUUAUUAAAAAAUGGUAUGCUUAAAUGGAUUAUAUCAACAUCAAUUAUUAAUUAUGAUCAUCCUGAAACAUUUAAAUCAGUAUUACUACUUUUUAAAUGUUUUGAAAUACAAGCAAUGUUAUUCCCAAAUCAAUACACUUUAAAUUUAGAAUCAAUACAACAUAUUAUUGAUAUUCAUACUAAUGAUAUAAUUAAAACAACAUUUUAUGAAAAUGAAAAUUAUAAGUAUAUAUUUAGUCGAUCAUUAAAAUAUAAUGUUAAUAUUUUAACAAGAAGGUUAAAUGAAUUAUUAGAAAUAUAUCGCCCAUCUUUAUUAUAUAAAAAUUGUUUAUCUAAUUUGAAACAUUUUGUACCAAUAGGAAGAAAAGUAAUAGAAACAUAUUGUAUAGAAAAUAAUAAUAAUAUUAUAAAACGUAAUAAUAUUGAAAAAUUAUUAUUUGAAAGUAAUAAAUCAGUAUCAAAAAUUAAUUAUUCAGAUUCUAAAAAAAAUAUUGAUAAUAUUGAAAUGAUACCAAUUAUAAGUUAUCUUGAAUAUGCUAAUAAAAAAGGAAUAUUUAUAAAUUAUUUGGCUGAAAAUCCAAUUUUAAGAUUAAAAUUAAUAGAAUGGUUACAAUUAUCAAUGCCAAAUAAAGAAUAUUUUUUAUCAACAUAUCAAGUUAAAUAUAAAAUACCAUUAGAAGAACAUAAUCAAAAAAAAGAAAAUAUUAUAAAACUUUUUAAAAUAGCUAUAUCAUAUUCAAAAAUUUAUCCAGAUUUUAAAGAUUUUUAUAUAGCUUAUCUUAAAUUUUUUAUUGAUGAAUUUGAAAUUAAUAAUCCUAAAAGUAAUUCUUUAACUAUUAAUAAUCUUACCUAUCAACAAGGAUAUAAUUAUUUUGGUUUUUUAAGUUAUAUUUUUGAAACAGAAGAUGAAAGAUUAUAUGAACCAAUUAAAAAAGUAAUGUUAAAAUUUCUUAAAUUAAUUAGAGAAGAUAGUACUGGUGUUAUAACACAACUUAUUAUAUCAAUUAUGAAUUAUGAAGGUCCUCAUAGUAAACUUGCUUUUUCAAUUUUAGAAACAGCAAUUAUUUUUAAUAGAAAAAAAAUGGGUCUAUGGUGUUUAAAUUUUUUAAAUCUUCUUUUAAAUAUUACAGAUAAUAAUAGUAUUAUUGAAAAAAUCUUCCAAGUAUUAAGUAAUGUAAUAUUAGAAGUUAAUACAGAUUGUGUAUUACGUCUUUUAGAAAUAAUAGUUUGUCAUCGAAAAAAAAUUAAAGAUUAUGAUCAAUUAAGUAAUAUUCAACAUAUUAAUAAUAUUGAAAAAAUAGAUUACUAUAAUUUAUUUGCCAAAUAUUUACCAUAUUCAUAUGAAAAAUAUUUUAUAGAACAUUUAGAUGAAGCAAAAAAAGAUUUAAAUGAUUUCAUUGAUUUAUAUUUUUCAAAAUUAUAUUGUUAUAUUAAAAAUAUAAUUAAUAAUGAACUAGAUUCAAGAUAUAAAAAAAAUUCUAAAGGAAAAUUUGAAAGAACGCAUUUUACAAAAAAAACCAACAAAUCAUUUACUAUACCAUAUACAAUUAUCGACAUGUUUACGUCACAUGAAAUUGGUACGCAAUUUAUUAUUCAACAUGAUAUAUUUUCAAAAUUUUAUAAAUAUAUUGAGGGGAUGUAUGCCUAUACACAUGACAAUAUUAUAGAAUCAUCAAUAUUAUUAAUUGCAAUAUACAUGAAAAAUAUUUCAGAAUCUGAUCAUAUUAAAUAUAAAAAGGAUGGAAUUAAUGAUUAUAAAAAUGCUAUAGAAACUUUUACAAAUAUUUGGACAUCAUCAAAAUUAAUUCACUUAAGAGGUCUUGCAUUAUAUGCCUUAAAUAUAAUUCCCAAUUCACUAAAUUUUAGUCAUUCAAAUAAGACUUUUAUAAAUACUAUUUCAAUAUAUAAUAAUGAUAUAUAUGAAUAUGAUGGAAUAAUAAAUGAUGAUGGAUAUAUGGAAACAACUGAUUUAUCUUCUAUCAAUUUUUUAAAUAAACAAGAAUAUAAAAAAUUGGAUGAUUUUUUUAAUCAAACAAAUUAUAAUUUAACAGAAUGUCCUCUUAAUCACUUAAUAUUACCACUAAAUAUUAGUAAUUUUUAUUAA